CGGCCUUCGCGACAGACAUGUACCUACCUACCAGACACUUGGCUAGCACGCACACGCACCAAGCUCCUCUUCUCCCUCUCCUCUCCCUUCGUAGGCAGUACCCACCCCCUCGGCUCCCAGCGGCGCAGCCCUCAGCUCCCGUGACCGUCGAAGAUCCUCGCGUAGCUGCACGCCUGCCCAUCGUACCCACAAGGCCGAAAAGCCGCACCCACACGCAGUGGAGCCCAGGCAGCACGGCCGCUCACGCUUUCGGCGGCCGGGCUUUGGGCUGACUUGCUCGAUCCCGACCUGCUUCUCCACCUCUCUGGCACGCAUACGGCUUGGUACGAUAUAGCAAGCCUGUUAGAACCCAAGCCUCAGCCAGCGUCGACACCUACACGAGGUCUUGUAUUGUACGGCGUAAGGUAGAUAGGUAGGAACGAGCCGCCCGCCCGCCCGUCCGUUGUUCCGUCCGGCCCGCCCCGCUGCACAGCCCGCACUGCACACGCCCACCUACCUACCCAGGCAUGCAUGCAUGCAUGUACUACGUAUGCCGCGCUUCCCGCCGUCAGCAUCUUAAAUCUUCUAUCUUCAUUUUUUUU